CAGUGCAGCUCACUGUGCAUUGAAAAUCACUGUACGUCAUUAACAUUUUCCAUUCCCCAACUUCCAGAAUAUUUCCCCCAUGGUUUGUAGACCAGCUGAAGGAUCGUGUGGAAGCUGAGAGAGAAAUUAGAGGAAAACUGCUGAAAGAGCCUGUCUCUACUGAUAUGGUUGACACCAUGUGGGUGACUAACCUGGUAGCCAUGGCCCUAUUGGCCACUGCAGCCUCCGCUGCCACCGCCGCCUCAGCAGACAAGGUCUUGAGCAACCACGCCACCCUGCUGGCUGACAACAGCGCCAGCCUGGCCUUCAGCCUCUACCAGAACAUAGCCAAGGAAAAGGACCUGGAGAACAUCCUCAUCUCCCCGGUGGUGGUGGCCUCUUCCCUGGGCCUGGUGGCACUCGGGGGCAAGGCCUCCACUGCUUCCCAGGUCAAGACCGUGCUGAGCGCUAACAAAGUGAAGGACGAGCAGCUGCAUGCUGGCCUGGCCGAGCUCCUGGAGGAGGUCAGCGACUCCAAGGCCCGUAACGUCACCUGGAAGAUCAGCAACCGCCUUUACAGCCCCAGCUCGGUCAACUUUGCAGAUGCCUUUGUCAAGAGCAGCAAGAAGCACUACAAAUAUGAACACACAAAGAUAAACUUCAAGAACAAGAAGAGCGCUGUGAAGUCCAUCAACGAUUGGGCAUCCAAAUCCACCGAUGGCAAGCUGCCCGAGGUAACCAAGGAUGUGGAGAAGACCGAUGGGGCCAUGAUCAUCAAUGCCAUGUUCUUUAAACCCCAUUGGGAUGAACAGUUCCACCAUAAGAUGGUGGACAACCGUGGCUUCCUGGUGUCUCACACUCACACUGUUGGUGUACCCAUGAUGCACCGCACAGGUAUCUAUGGCUUCCACGAAGACACGGUGAAUAAGCUGUUCAUCCUGAGCAUGUCCCUGGCCCAUAAGAAGUCCAGCCUGGUGUUCUUCAUGCCCUACCAUGUGGAGCCCCUGGAGAGGCUGGAGAAGCUGCUGACCCGCAAACAGCUGGAAGACUGGAUGGGCAAGCUAAAGGAGACGGCUGUUGCUGUGUCUCUGCCCAAAGUCUGCAUGGAAGUCAGCCACAACAUCCAGAAACACCUUGGGGAGCUGGGUCUGACUGAGGCUGUGGAUAAGACCAAGGCGGACCUGUCCAACAUCUCUGGGAAGAAGGACCUGUAUCUGUCCAAUGUAUUCCAUGCCUCUGCCAUGGAGUGGGACACCGAUGGGAACCCCAUAGACAUAAGCAUCUUCGGCACAGACAAGCUGAAGAACCCCAAGCUGUUCUACGCUGACCAUCCCUUCAUCUUCUUGGUGAAGGACACCAAGACCAACUCCAUCCUCUUCCUCGGCAGACUGGUGCGACCUAAGGGCAAGAAGAUGAGAGAUGAAUUAUAACACUUUGGAGUCUUAUGUGAAGUGUUUUUGUAUGUGUGCGUGUUAUUGUGUUUAUGUGUUUGUAUUUUUCUAUGCAAAGAGAGGAAAGGGAGAAAAUGAAUUGUACGUUUAAUACCUCAAGAGUACAUUCCCAUUUGAUCAUCAAUGUGCCAACAUUUGUUCCUGUUGUUCACUAUGCAUGAUUCAGAAUUAUAUGUUUGUGUUGUAAGAAACAAA